GAAUACAGUGACACUGGAAGCACAGGAGAAAUGGUUUCAGUUGGGGAAGUUGUUGAGGUGCUUGGCACAGCAGCAGAAGAUGAGGCCAGUCAAGGAGACUCUUCCUCCAUGAAGAAAAAACAGGGUUUGGGCUCCAGACUGCGGGAACGUCUGCGGAGUCAAUCCAGAGAACGCAGUGUAGGACCUAGUAGUGCUGGUGCCACAUCCAGCACCAGCAGUCACCAACCAGCACCAAUGGAAAGACAGUCUUCCAUAGAGGACGAAGAGUCUGGCAAGACCAUUUACAGACCACCGUCUGCCUACGGAGACAACAGGCCUCUGACCUUAGGUAGCAAAGUGCAGAGUGCCAGAGGGAAUCCCGCGUCCGCAUCCACGUCGCCGGCGGCCUCUACAGCCGCCCCCGUGGCGCCCAUGCGAGGGUCGUCCCCCUCUGCCAGUAGGUCCUAUGCAUCCUUGAGUCGGGCCACCCGGGGGGCGUCCCCGAGCUUGUACUCGACUACUUAUUCAAGGUUUAGAAGAUGAUGAUGAUGAUGACGGAAAAAAACUAUCAGAGCAUUUUAUGGGGAAAAUGUGUUGGUUUUCCUCAUAUAUGUAUGCUGCUGAAACUUGCGGAAGCUUUUUUCGUUUUUCUUUUCUUCAAUCAUGCUUUUUCUGCCCUCAACGGAGCACUUGUCAACUCAGUGGAACAUUUGAACAAUUUCUUGCAAAAUGCAUCCCCCACCUUUUUUUUCAAAGAAAAAAAAAACAGACGGGAAAUCGUCAAGCAUGCUCAAUCAUGUACUGUACUGUAUGAAACACUAUUUUAUUUUUGUCCAUGCUAGAAAAUUCUGAAACUGAUGUUCAGUAUGUUGUUAUUUCCUCCCAUCAGACAACCUGGAGCAAUUGGAAGACAUUUUUUGAAUUUAUUGGUGGAAUGUGUGAGUUAUGAGAGAGAAUAAAUCCUGGUUGUAUGAAAACCAUGGAUCCUAUA